UCACUAAUGUAUGUAAAUAUUGCUUUGUAUUGGAAUAGCCUUACUACACGAUUGCCAAGAGCUGGAGAAACUAUCCUUGGACAUAAGUUUUUCAUUGGUUUUGGUGGGAAAGGAGCCAACCAGUGUGUCCAGUCUGCUCGACUUGGGGCCAAGACCUCGCUGAUCUGCAAGGUUGGAAAGGAUUCCUUUGGCAAUGAUUAUAUUCAAAAUUUGAAGAAGAAUGGUAUUUCUACAGCGUUUGUAGGUCAGACUACAGAUGCUGCUACUGGAACUGCUUCAAUAAUUGUCAACAGUGAAGGACAGAAUGUUAUUGUCAUAGUCCCAGGAGCCAAUCUGCUUUUAAAUUUCGAAGACCUGAAGAGAGCUUCUGAUGUCAUCUGUAAAGCCAAAGUGGUGGUUUGCCAGCUAGAAAUAACUCCUGCUGUUUCUCUUGAAGCUCUGAAAAUGGCACGUGCCAGUGGAGUAAAGACACUAUUUAAUCCAGCUCCAGCCCUUGCUGACCUAGAUCCACAAUUUUAUACCCAUUCUGAUAUCUUCUGCUGCAAUGAAACUGAGGCAGAAAUUUUAACGGGCAUCCCAGUUGGCAACCUUGAAGAUGCUGAAAAGGUGGGACGCAUGCUGUUAGAAAGAGGGUGUCAGCUCGUAAUUGUUACUCUUGGAGCAGAAGGCUGCGUGAUGAUAUCAGUAGAAGAACCCAUUCCAAAGCACGUUCCUGCUGGGAAGGUCAGGGCUGUGGACACUACG